AUGACUAAAAGCCAAAAAGAAAAAUCAUUCAAAGAAUACUUGCAAGAAAUUGAAGACCCAAAAAAUAAUAGUGAAAUAAAUUAUGCUUUACCGGAAAGCCCCACCCCUUUACAAGUAGCCAAGUUUGAAAUUUGUCAAGAAGUUUUAGGUUAUAAACAAGAUAACAAACUAACUCGCGAACAGGUGGCGGAAAAAAUGGAUAUAAGUAAAGCCGAAACCGAAGAUAUUUUAUUUUGUCAUAUUGAGGAAUUUACUUUGGAUAGGUUGGUAAAUUAUGCCAGCAAAUUAUUAGACCCUCUGCAAGUAAAAGUAAUUUUGGAACCAAAAAAAUCUUCUCUCCAUGCCAAAGCCGUUUAA